UGUAAAUAAGACGACGUUAAACACUACUCUAAGCGUAUGUAAUUUUAUACCUUUUUAUAAACGUAUGUGUAACUUUUAACUACAGCUAUACUUCUAUGUGAAAACAGUUACGUUAAGACGUAGUAUAUUAAACUGGAAACAAUGGAAACACACAUCGUUCUUAUUUGCGCAAGUGUUCAAGCGUAAAAGUACCCGCCUAAUAAUUAGUCAUUUGCUAUCGAACGUGUACAUAAAAAACAUGUUUUUAUACGCUCUUAUAAUUUAUCAAAUUAUUAUUAUUUAUGGGAAGAUAUUAAAUUUUCCCAGUAAUGGAAUUUUGGAUAUGGAUAAUGGAUUGGUUACGGAUAGUCCGACGACAACUUUGAAGCAUUUUGAAGAGUGGGAUGAUACUUUAUGGGUUGUGAAGUUAAAUGAUGGAUUGAAUUUGACGAAUUUACGAUCGGCAACUGAAAGUGAGGAGGAAUAUUUUGACGAUGAAAUUGGACCAAUGAUACACAGACAUCCUCUAGCAUACUUAAGUUACAAAAGACGUCAGAACACAAGAAGAGUAAAAAAAGACGAUCCAAAGAAAUCAUAUCCAAUAGAUGAGCCUAAAAACAUUCAAGAUAUAAAACAUGACGAAAUUAACAAUGGAAUUAAGUACAAAGUUAUACAAAUAAUCAACAAGUUUGUUUUAUCAUUUCAAAAACAGCCUGACUCAAAUCUACCCGAAACUAUGGACGAGUACGAAACUCCAUCACUAACUCUGUACUUCAAAGGACCUUUUACAGCAUUAGUAAUCAACUAUAAGCGUAUGGUAUGGCAGUUUUUUAUUCCACCACCAUCACCAUUGCCCGAAUGGUUCUACAACGAGCAUUCCAAUAUAACACUUACUAAAAAUGGAAUGUAUGUGACAAUACCUGGCACAAUUAAAGAAGAAUUUUACGAAAAAAAUCUUCAUUUAUUAGAAAAACUGUUCAGUUAUCCAAUUUGA